GCCAGCUCCCUGCCACUCCCACCGCCGCGACCAGAAGGCAGCAGCAACCGCAGCGCGCAGGAGCCGAGCAAACCGCCGCACACCAACGCCUCCCGCAAUGGCGCGCGCCGGCGCUCUCUGCCUCGCGCUGCUCUGCCUCCUGGCCGCGCACUCCGCCGUGGCGCAGAAGUCCGCCACCCCCGCCCCGGCCACCGCGCCGGCCGCCGCCACCACCCCGCCGGCCCCGUCCAAGAAGACGCCCGCGCCCGCCGCAGCUCCGCCCACCACCUCCCCUGCCACCCCGGCCCCGGCCGCCGCGCCGCCCACCACCCCGGCCACCCCCGCGCCCGCCGCGGCCCCGCCCACUACCACCACGCCUGCCCCCGCCGUGGCGCCGCCCAAGUCCUCCCCCAAGGCGGCCACCCCCGCCCCGGCUCCCAAGGCCAAGGCCACCCCGCCUGCCACCCCACCGGUGGCCGAGCUGCCCCCUGCUGCCACGCCCCCCGCCCCCGCCGCGGACACCCCCGCCGCCGCGCCCACUAAGCCCGCCGAGGUCCCCGCCCCCGCCCCGUCCAAGAAGAAGAAGAAGAAGUCAUCCUCCUCCAAGAGCAAGAAGAAGAAGAGCAAGGCCCCAGCCCCAGCCCCCGUCGCCGAGGCCCCCACCAGCUCCAAGCACUCCAAGGCUAAGGCACCCGCGGCCAGCGAGGCCGACGCACCCGGCCCGGCCGGCGACGGCGUCGCCGCCGAUACCGCGGCUGCUGGAAGGACCGUGGCAGGCGGCAUCAUGGCGGCCGUGCUGGGCCUCGCCGCCCUCCUCGCCUAGAGACACGGACGCCGAACGCGCGCGCGCGCGAGCGGCACGGCCGGGUCCGCCUCCGGCCGCCGGGACGACGCGCCACGCCACACGCCCACAACGACAGAAUUAUGCCGCCGCCGUGCCGGACGGCUCGACUCGACGCCUGGCCGGAGCUCGCGUGCCACCCCGUUUCCGCGCCGUGUUCCUGUCCAUUUUUUUCUCUCUAACAGGCUGGGCGGGACCACACGCCUCUGCUGUGUGUCGUUCCACUCACGUACCUCGGAUUCCUUCUUCUUCUUCUUCUUUUUUCUGUACUGCAGCAGCUGCUGCUGCUCCGGUGCUACCCCAUUGAGAUGAUUUAUUUAUAUCUUUAUUAUAUAUCGUUGUCAUUGUAUGAUUCCGCCCUUGUUUAAUUUCAUCAUAGAUCUGUCUCCUCUCA